CUCACAGCUAUGCAAGUAGCUACACAUAUAAAAUCUAUUCCUUCCAAUUCUUCUUCAACUAGCAGCAACACUACUACUACGCGCUCAUCACAUAGUAUUGAUUCACUUUAUCAACUUUUGAAAACUCGUGUCUUUUACAAAACGAAUUACACUUCAUGGUUGCUGGAAUGUAUGAUUAAUGUCACCUUGCCUUUACACUCCAAGUUUGGUCUUCUCAUCAAAGAAUUCGUCUAUUGUAUCUUUUUAACAAGCAACAAAGUGGAAAAAAUACCAGAAGAAUGGAUUCGACCUCACUUAGAUCAAGUUCAUCUCAUGACACCUAAACAUAUAUUACUGACGCUUUAUAUGCUCCAAUUCAACGAUGCUAUCAUUUCUUUUCGGACGGAUCCAAAAUUGAUCUCUCUACUCGGAGCCUCUGGUGUUGACAUUACAAAUCAGCAACACAUGCCUUAUACUUUAUUGGACGUUGUACAUACCAUUCCUUUACGCGCCAUGUUGAAUCAUGUCGAAACUACAAAAGGUUCCAAGGUCUAUCACUCUAUAUAUCCUGAUCUAGCCAAUUUGACUGCCAAUUUGUAUCCGGAACUUUUGGAUGUAGUGAGCUUCCUCCUUUAUGAUGGAAAAUUAAAUCUUGGACGACAAUUAAGAUCAAUUCGCUAUGAUCAAUUUAUAUCUCAAGAUGAAUUGAAACAAGCAUUAUCGGAAUACAAUUCGAAACCUGAUUAUGUAUUGAAUGUUCUCUCAAGACUACAAACAAUCUCUCUAGAGAACAUGGGACCUUGCUCUGAAACCGUUAUAUCUACGUUAAUAUCGCCAUGCCUGGAAAAGUACAUUGAUUCACGGAUAAUAGAUGCUUUUAUUUCAACUUGGGAAUACUACCACCUAUCAAUACCACAUCAAAUUUGGAUUUGUACAAUCAACAAUUUGAAUACUCAACGCAAAGACUACACUUUUGACGAUCUUGUCCAAAAUCCAUUUGUUAUCUUCCAAUCUGAUUCACGUAUUUUCAGAUCGAAAAAAUUAUUAUUACUAUGGCUACAUAUCCUAUCAUGUUUAAGAACUAGCUCCAAACAUAGAAUAUGGAAAAGGUUUCAUACAGGCAGUAUUAAAAGACCAUUCAAUAAUCGAAAUGUGAUGGCAUUGAUCAAUGCUCAAGAUUCAGCUAUGCUUCAAUUAUUAUUAGAUUUAUGUCAAGAAAGAGAAGAAGACAGAAAUGAUCCAGAAUCCUUAAUGAUGGCUAGGAAAUUGAUUUGCCGAUUUAUUCAUGGAGUGUUUGUUGAAGAUCGUGAUAGUUUACUUGCAAAAACUCUUCAUUUUCAAACAUAUCCUCCCAACUUGAUUCCUAUGAUGGUAGAACUGGUUCCUUCUCUAUACAUCGUCUUCAACUUUUUAUCCGAAUUAACAAGACAGCCUCAAAUCGAAAAACAAGUAUUUGGAAUCCUUUUAGGAUGUGAAUUAUGUGAAAAGUACCCAAUGGAAAGCUAUUUGGCUCUUGCAGAAAAAUGUUUACUACCUCGAUUGAUGAAAAUUGCUUAUCCUGUUCCAACAUCUGCCUUGGCCAUGUCGACGAAUCGAAAAUAUGACACUUCUACAACACAGCCUCAACAAUGUGUACCCUCAGAAUACCUUCUGCAGAUCAUCCCGUCAUUUGCUCAACUGGCCCGUGCGUUUCCUCAUUUUAGUCCUCAGAUCUUGCAUGCACUAAUGGAUAUUCAGCAAGGUCUACCAGGACAUAACUCGAUCAUCGGUCAAGAAGGUAGUCACAAGAUCAUUGUGCUAUUGCAACUUCACAAGGUACUGAAGGAUACAUGUGAAGCCGUACAGAAGGAAGCCGAUCAUAUGGACAAUGUCAACAAAUCUCUUCAAGUAUAGUAAUAUUAGUUUUAUAGUAGUUAGAUUAUCAUUAUAUUCUUGAUUUGUGUAUAGUUUAUUCAUCAAAUGUAUCAUAAUAAACAAAUAGUCAAAAAAAAAAAAUAAUAAAAAUAAAUAUGAGGUUGGGGUAUCCAUAUAGGCAAAAAAAAAAAGAAAAUAAAAAAUAA